CACAAACUUGAGUUGGUGUGGCGUUUAGGUGCAGAGUCAACAUGUCCACCGUUGCUGCUCAACGAAACAAUAACGACGAGCCCGGCCUUAAUGGCUCCUGGGUUGAACUAGAGCUGAAUGGGAACACAGGAGCCCAGAGUUUGCAGACUGACCUAUUCAUGACACCUGCUGCAGACCAAAUAAAUGCAAAUGCUGCCAUGAGCCAAACCCUGCAGACCUUGGAGGUUGUUCCUGAGGGUGAUGAAACCCUGAUGGGAGGACUGGAGCAUGUCCCAUCAUCCUCCUCUAUCCACAAUGGUGAUAUGGAGAAGAUCCUCCUCGAUGCACAACAUGAAUCCAGCCAAAGUAGCUCCUCCUGUGAUAGUCCGUACAGGCCUCCAACUCCAGAUCAGGAUGAGGGUCAGAUAACAUUUGACGUAGAGAUGCCAAGCUCCAAAGGCAGUCAGGGCAAAGAUGAUGGUCCAGAGAAGGACAAAGACGAAGAUAUUCUCCUGAAAAAGGAAGUAGACUGGGUUGCCGAUUGGUCCAGUCGACCAGAAAACAUUCCACCAAAGGAGUUCCACUUCAGGCACCCCAGACGCUCCGUGUCCCUGAGUAUGAGAAAGACUGGGGUCAUGAAGAAAGGUGGCAUCUUCUCUGCUGAGUUUCUCAACAUCUUAAUCCCCUCCUUGCUCAUCUCACAUAUUCUUGCACUUGGUCUUGGGGUGUACAUCGGGAAAAGGAUUGCCACGGCCUCCACCAGCUCAUACUGAGUAGAAAGUGAAGCAGUGCCUGGAUGUUCCACCGGUCUGAGUCCUUCAAUCUUCCUCCUUUAGUCGAACUGCUCCCCUGCUCUGUUGUAUGCCCACAUUCCCCUUCCAAUCAGUAUUAGAUUUUGUCUUGAUGUCAGCAUAGUUACACGACACCUUACAUACUGUGACUGCACUCCUUCACAUUUUGACAUAGGGCAGCGCUGCUACAAACAGGUGUCACUGCAUUUAAACCUGCAGAAAACACACACUGGUUUUGUCAUCCUGUUCAGCUUAAAUCACGACACAAGGAUGUGAUGUCAGAUGGCUUCAGCAAUUUAGACUUUCAAAAUUCUUACCCCAUUGUGAUGUCAGAAAUCUGGCCUAUUCCUAAAAUGCAUUUGUCCACUAAUCUCUGUUAGCAAAGUUUGUGAACCUAAAAUAUGCAGCACACCCGGUGUAGAAAAUAUGUCACUUUUCAGAAUUGUAUCAUGCUGUUUUGAGGGGUUUGUUUUAAAGCUUUUUAUAUUAUUAUUAUUGUUAUUAUAAUUUAAUUUUUUCUUCUUUUAAUUAAUCCAGUAUGUAGCAGCAAAACGUUUUGCAAGAGGGAGUGAUGGUGUUUAGUGGAACUGAUGCCAGAUGGCACUUUACCAGGCCAUAUGCUUUUUUUUGGGGGGGGGGGUCCUACAUAUCUUUUAAUCCAUAGUUUAGCACUGACUGCAAAGUGCCAUGUUUAUACAUUCCCCUUUGCGCAUUGGUGAUUUAUCCUACUUUUUUGUACAUAUAUGUUGAUUAGAUUUAAAUAUAUAGAUGUGA